AUGGCAAGUGAAGCAAACAGAUCCCUCAGCAUUCUGGUAGCAAUUGCCAAUGAACAAAGAGCUAUCCUGAAGAGACAGCAGCUUGACGCUCGACUUCUGCAGUGCGCCGUUCCACUCAAGAAGAGGCGCAUUGGAGCCUAUGGGAUUCCAAUGAUGAGGAUGAUGCCCUCCGCCACCAACCCUUUCUUGUCUCUAGCACCUACGGCCACCAACCCUUUCUUGUCUCUAGCAGUUGGUAAUGCCCUGAUGGCCCCCACUUUCAACAGGGUGGCUCCCACUUUCAACACCGUCGCUCGUGUAACUCCUAUGCCUGCAGCUGCGAAUACUCUAGUGGUGCCCAAAGCCAAGGCGCAACUGAACACGGUUACCAAAGAACCUGCAAAGGCUGCCGUCGAGGUAGCUGCUCCAGUGAAACCAGCACCAAAACCCAAACCUCAGGUUACCCCAAAGCAAUACCUAGAGCAACUAUUCAAAGACCAAAACAUUGGGCCCAAGCAGAUACCUCCACGAUACACCAAGGGCAGCUUUGUGAAGCCAGAUACCAAAGAGAGCGACAGCUACAAUGCAGCCGCGGUGCUUGUGCGGUCCAACAACCUCGAGAAGCUCAAGGAACUGCAUCAACAGGGCAAGAACCUCGAUGCUUGCAACCGUGUGGGUGAGUCACUCCUUCAUUUGGCAUGCCGACGAGGCCAUGUAGAAGUUGCUGUGUACUUGAUGAACGAAGCCAAGGUACGCUGGGAUCACCAAGACGACUUUGGACGCACCGUGCUACAUGACGCUUGCUGGAGACCUUCGCCCAGCCUGGAGCUCAUGGAUGCAAUCCUCAAGGUGGCAUCGCCGGAAUGGCUCAUGGCACAAGACAUUCGUGGGCACACUCCUUUUGACUACGCUCGCAGGGAACACGCCGGGGCGUGGUACGACUUUUUGGUGCAGCGGGAAGAAGACCUCAAGGACAGACUCUCCAAGCUUUAA